AUGUUCUGGUCCAUCGCCCUGAACGCCAUCCUAGCCUACUCCAUCAUCAUCGUCACCCUCUUCACCAUGGGCGACCUCGACGCCGCUCUCAACUCGUCCUUCCCAAUCGUGGAAAUCUGCACGCAAGCUACGGGCUCCACGAAGGCUGCCACAGCCAUGGUCUGCGGACUCCUGAUUAUUUCCACGGCCGUGACAAUCAGUAGUGUUUCUUCCACAUCCAGAUUGACCUGGGCUUGGUCUCGAGAUGGUGCGUUGCCGGAGUGGUUUUCGUACGUGAACCCGAAGCAGAGAGUCCCGAUUAGAGCGGUGUUACUGCCUUGUAUCAUCGUCGGCUUACUAGCGAUCCUGAACAUCCCCAACUCGGCGGCUUUCCUGGCCUUUACAGCUUUGGCGACUUUCGCACUAUUCGCUACGUAUCUAACAGCCAUCAGCUGUAUGCUGUACUCGCGGCUGAAAGGGACAGUGCAAUAUGGUGGAUGGCGAUUGGGGAAGCUCGGAGUGCCGCUGAAUGCUUUCGCCAUCCUUUACACAGCGUACAUGAUGAUCUUCCUCGUUUUCCCCACGCAAUUACCUGUUACAGGCACGAACAUGAACUACGCCCUCCCGAUCUUCGGCUUCGUGCUGGUCGUAGCGCUUGUACGAUGGUUUGUCUGGGCCAACAAGCACUGGCCAGGCUUGAACAAGGAGAUUAUUGAGACGGUUUUGGCAGACUCCGAUCGCAAUACUAAGGACUGA